ACGCCAAAGUCGCCCCAAAUUGCGCUAUGCUGUGGCUAUGCUAUCCGAUAUACAUCGACAGGAGGAAACAGGCCGGCGCACGCGACCGCCCUCUGACCUUUAAUCGUAAGGUAAAUGUGAUGGCAUUUGAAACGAUCAUGUGCUCGUACCUGCCCAGUUAAGCAGGCAGCGCGCACUGCCGUAGCUCGGCUCUGCCGCGACGACGCGGCACCCGCGCAUGCGUACAACGCGGCUAAAAUGAAUUCCCGUUUCCCGCACUGUCGGCUGUACGCUCGCGAUCGCCGCUGCGUUUCAGAAUAUCCGCUGAAAAUUCCCGGGAGUGUUUGUGGGGUGUGGUCGUGACUGAGGUGGAUGCAGUGAUCGCUGAUGCUCGGGGCUGUGGCGCUCCGGCCAGCUCCGGCUGGCUGCUAACGACGGCCGCGGCAUGGCGCGCCGCGCCGCCCGCGCCCGCUCCCCCGAUCUCACACCAUGACCGACCUGCAGGCUACCUUCGAGUUCUCUAUUGAACUGUACAAGUUCUACAAUGUCGAUCUCUUCCAGAGAGGGCUAUACCAAGUGCGUAUCGGGUUACGCGUGUCACCCAAAGUUCCGGUCCACAUCGAGGCGUCUGUGUCUAGUGGCAAUGGCGCGGCGAGGACCGGCAGACCGGCAGCCAACGCCUCCCUCAUCGGCGGCCUGGCUGCUUCCAGAGCCUUCCAGAUCAUGUAUAGGAACGAGGAGGUCACCUUGCGGGACAUCGUGCAUUUUAGAGCUCAUCUACUAGUUGAUAGCCGCAAUUUAAAAGAGUCUCUAGAGAGAGCAGAAUGGAGUCUUGGAGUGGAGCUUUGGUGCAGCGAGGGAGCCCAGUCCAGCACCCUGGCGCCCGUCUCCUGCCGCGUGCUAAAACUGCACUUCCAGCCGUCUAAUGGCUUGCAUUAUCAUUUACCAGUGCUGUUCGACUACUUUCAUCUCUCUGCUGUCUCGAUAACCAUUCAUGCCAGUCUGGUGGCUUUGCAUCAGCCGUAUAUAAAGAAAAGCAUCAUGCAUUACGUUCAAAGUUGUACACCUCGCUCCAGCAAACAAUGGGGAAAAUUAAUGAAAAGUGCUGGAGCCAGCUUCAACGCUUCAGGAAGCUUCGAGAACAUUCUUUUCGGUUCUGGUGGAAAAUGUGCGGGGGGUAACUCUAGCAAGAUUGCGCAUGCAAGGCAAGUGCAUGCAGAAGUAUGCGGUAUACUUCUUGGCUCACUGGAAGGUUUGCAGAGCGCUUUAGCCGUGUGUGGUUCGACAGGUGUAACACUUACCCCGGAUGAAUCAUCCAAUUCUAUCGUCGGGGAAGUAGCGCAGAGGAUGAAAGACAUAAGUGAUUUGUGCAAGAAAUCUGAUGCUGGUGAGGAAGAAGAAUGGGCGAUGGGCGCUGCUCACGACAUAGCGAGGCUAUGUGCCGAAGUUACAUUGAGAUGGCGCGCAUUCCUGCACCACACAUCAGACCGACCGCACGUGCAUCAUGCAUUAGCUGCUCGUCAUCAUGCUCUUCGUAUCAAGCGGUUCUCCGAAUGCUUCUUCGUGCUAGACAAUCCACGGCAUUCUCUCGCUGGCUGCUAUGAUAGCAAUUAUCAGUCAUAUCAAAGCGUUGGCGACGUGGCUAGAAGAUCUCGAUACUUAGCGCUACUUCCACCUCUACCUGUGCAUUGCAUUGCGUUAGACGGAGAUCCUCAUAUAAUGCCAAUCAUUUUUGAGGACAGGUAUCAGGAUACAGCAGAAUUUGCUAGGCGAAGAUCUUUCUUAAAUUCGAGUGCUAGUAAAUCAGGCAGUGAUCCAUUUUUGUGCUCUGAUACCGCAAGAGAUGACUGUGCUUGUAGUGUUAGCUCCAUGAUGGAUUCAAGGAGGCCUUCAUCUGAAGCUUCCAGAGUAACUCUCACACUACCAAAAAAUAUGGUAGAUGUGAUGGAACCACAAUAUAGUACAGCAAAAGCUAAUUCAAAUGUAGUACAAGCAACACUUACUUUGGCGCCACAAAGUUCAACUCGAGGAUCACCUAAAAGAACUUUAGUAAAGCAAAGCGUUGUCGAAUUAAAUAAACCUCAUAAUAAAAAUUUAGAAAUAACGGGAAGGAAUCGAUAUAUAGUGCAAAACAAUAAAAUAACUGAAAUUCAAUUACCACUAAACAAUGCCUUUUCCUCUUGCUCUAUUCAGCAAGGCCAACAAUUAUCAAGGUAUUCAGCAUCAACUUUACUUGAUAUAAACGGACCAAAAGGCCAAGGUAAAAGUUCCCGCACAAGCAAAGAAAAGGCAGACCAUGGUGAAGUGUUUAGUCAAAAACACGAAAUAACAAGUGGUGUGAGUACAUUGCCUGCAAGACAUAGUAAAUCCCUUGAUCAACUACGAGUUUCUCAAAUGACACCGCUUAGUGUGCAAACAUUAACAAAGAGUUCCAGAAACAACUCCAAUGCUUCUGUUAAUUAUCAAAAACAGUAUGCACCUCCACAACAAGCAAAACCAACAACUCUCCCAAGAAGUGUAACGACAACCUCAUAUCCAACGAGCACUACAACGAGGUGUGGAUCCAAAGGUGAUGAAUAUAGAAGAAAUAUUAAUGAAUUUAGAGAAAAAUACAAAAACCCGUGCACAAUGAAUGUCGGUACCCAUGGGUCAAAUAAUGAAGUAUUCCAUAGCGUAGGGUAUAAUUAUAAUGGAUCGACGAAAACGAAUUCUAACCAAAUAUAUGGUUACGCUUUCGGUAAUCAGGGUACAAUGCAAGUUAAUAAUGUAAUUCGUAAUCCCCUAGAAUUUCAAAGAGGCUAUUCUGUAAAUUUACCCCGUCCUAUGUUGCCUCCGCGUAAUUCUUAUCCACCCGUGAGUGGAAAAACUCAAGUGACUGAUCAAAGUAAUUUAGUAUCUAGUAAACAUGUUCAUAGAUCUAAUUCUACGCAUGUGUUUCAUCAAAUUGAAAACCAACAAAUAGACAUUGAAGCAGCUCGCAAUCAAUUAAGACAUGAGCUAAACUACUAUUUACAAAAGGGCGACUGGAGUUAUGAUUUUAAUACUGGAAGUCUCAUUCACAAUUAUCAGAAAAAAUCAAGUAAAAGUAGCGAUGACAGUGGUUUCGUUAUGACUUUAGAUCGAAGUAGUGAUGGCACUUCAAAGUCAACAUACUCAAAAACACCACCAUCAACCCCACACUCGACUAUGCCGUCAGUCAGACAGAAAAGAAGUCGUUCGAAAGAAUCACGACUGAAUCAUGCCGGUAAAGAAAAUGCAAAAAUAAAUUCUAGUCGGGACUCAUUGAGUAGUCAUCAUUCAAUAAGAUCAAGAGAUAGUAAGUCAGAUCGGCAUACAUCUAAGUCAGAACGUAGCACUCCAAAAUCUGAUAGAGCUACUCCUAAAUCUGGAAAAGCUACACCUAAAUCUGGUGGCGUGACACCCCGAUCUGGUCGAGCUACACCUAAAUCUGGAAGAGCAACACCAAAAUCAGGACUCACUACUCCUAAAAGCGGACGGUCUAGUGGAAGACCUGAAAAACGAACCAAACAUAAAGCCUCUGAAAAAAUGACUCAGCUUAUGUCAGCUGCCGCUUCUUCAUCGAGUGAUGAGAGCAUACCUUUACAACUUCGACGCUUAGAAUCUUCAGCUAGCGUUCCAUAUAGUCUUGAUCAUGGUUCUGAAUUACGUCAUUGUAGAAGUGCCGCGUCCGUUUUAGAUGAACCUAAUUUAAAUAAUACAUUUGGAUCUGAGUCACUACCCAACUUGGCACCUCCUCCACCACCGGCCUUCGAAUCACCUCCUUUAGAUAUAGGUGAUAAAGAUUUCAAAAUUAUGCCACCAGACAACUUUUUAAAUAAAGAGGACAGAAGAAGUAGAAGCUCUACGUCAAGUUUAAGUGAACAAAGUGGAUGGGUAUCUAGUGGACGUAGUUCGGGUCCAUCAUCUCCAGAUAAUGCCAGUAGCGUGAAUCAAACUUUUGCACCACCUAGAAAUACAGUAGUUACUCAAGAAGCAAGCAAAACUUACGAACCGCCAAGUGAACCGCGCAAAAGGGAUAGUGAAAAACUAAGAGACUUUAAAAGAAGUAUCCUCAAUGGAGAACAAUUAAGAGAGAGGCUAAUGAAAUUAGCAGUUAAAGCUGACGAAAGUAAUGACGAAGAAAAAAUAGAGUGUUGUGAUAAAGACGUUUGUGAAGAAUGCACAAUCUGUAGUGACUCCAUAUGCACUGAUAGCCAGUGUGAAUAUAAUAAAGUUAUGCACAGCAACGGUAUUGAUGCAGGGUGUAAUUCUGAUACUUGUGUGGCAACUUGUCUACAAUGUUCCGAUGCUAAUAAUAAAAUUAAUCAAAGACAUAACUCGUUUAGUGCUAUACAAGGUAAAUCAUAUGCUUCCACAUCUAAAACGCCCAGUGAGGGCACUGUGAAAAAGUCUCAAACUAUUAGUGAUAAUUUACAUCCAUAUAUUAGAAAAGAAGUAUCUACUAAAGCUCAAUUAGUUCCAAUAAAAUCAAAUACCUUAGAUAAAACAAAACUGAGAGAUAAAAUCGAAUAUACAGAAAAGCUUAUAGCUGCUGAAAUACGAAGCUUAACCGUUGGGAGACCGUGUAAAUCCCAUAAAGGUGGACCAAUUGCUGCUGUACAACAAUAUCAAGGUAAAGCUAAAUCUGAAGUGGAUUUAAGUCACUUUGUUGGGGAUAAUGAUUACGAACAUUUACCACCUCCACAACAAUUUAGAGAUGCGCCUCCACCACCUGAUCAAUUUAAGGAUCCUCCCUCGAAAUCACCAAAACUGAGCCGACAAAGCAGUAAAUCAUCUACGCCUUCUAAAACGCGAAAAGCUGAGCAACCAACGAGUUUGCAAUUGGAUAAUCCCCUGUAUCACGUUUGUGAGGGUAUACUGGAGAGGCGGAAGCUACGGCCACAAAAGUCGUCCAGCGCCUCGGCUUCAUCUGCUACAAGCACACUCAAUAAAAGCAGAAGUACAGGAGAGCUAGCAUCGAGAAAUGAAAAUGGUAAAGGAUUGAAAUGGCAUAAUAUUAAAUAUCUUAUUCUAAAGGAAUGUAAAUUUAUACCAACAUUUGUUUUAGAACGAGAAAGUAAUCUAGUCAGUAUAUUUGGACUUGCAGAAUCAGAAAGACUGUUUGUAAAAUGUAGAGACGAAUUUAGACAAAGCGUGAAGUACCCUGGCGCGAUAUACUCUGACUUCCCGCCUGUUGAAAAUUCGUUACCAUACUUUCAUAUUAGCGAUGAAUAUAGAAUGUUUAACCCAGAAGGUCUACAUCUAAUAAUAUGUGUCCAUGGCUUGGACGGAAAUGCUGCCGAUCUUCGCUUAGUUAAAACAUAUCUUGAACUAGGCUUGCCUGGCGCUCGGCUAGACUUUCUUAUGUCCGAAAGGAAUCAAGGAGAUACAUUCUCAGAUUUCGAUACAAUGACAGACAGGCUAGUCCAAGAAAUUUUAACCCACAUACAAAAUUCAAGCGAGCCAGCUAGGAUAAGUUUUGUGGGACAUUCCUUAGGCACUAUUAUUAUACGGUCUGCUCUGGCCAGACCUCAAAUGAAGCCGUUUUUGGGAAAACUACAUACAUUCCUGUCUCUCAGUGGACCUCAUUUAGGAACGUUGUACAAUUCUAGUGGUCUUGUGAAUGCGGGAAUGUGGUUCAUGCAAAAGUGGAAGAAGUCUGGUUCUAGUUCCAGAAACAACUCCAAUGCUUCUGUUAAUUAUCAAAAACAAUAUGCACCUCCACAACAAGCAAAACCAACAACUCUCCCAAGAAGUGUAACGACAACCUCAUAUCCAACGAGCACUACAACGAGGUGUGGAUCCAAAGGUGAUGAAUAUAGAAGAAAUAUUAAUGAAUUUAGAGAAAAAUACAAAAACCCGUGCACAAUGAAUGUCGGUACCCAUGGGUCAAAUAAUGAAGUAUUCCAUAGCGUAGGGUAUAAUUAUAAUGGAUCGACGAAAACGAAUUCUAACCAAAUAUAUGGUUACGCUUUCGGUAAUCAGGGUACAAUGCAAGUUAAUAAUGUAAUUCGUAAUCCCCUAGAAUUUCAAAGAGGCUAUUCUGUAAAUUUACCCCGUCCUAUGUUGCCUCCGCGUAAUUCUUAUCCACCCGUGAGUGGAAAAACUCAAGUGACUGAUCAAAGUAAUUUAGUAUCUAGUAAACAUGUUCAUAGAUCUAAUUCUACGCAUGUGUUUCAUCAAAUUGAAAACCAACAAAUAGACAUUGAAGCAGCUCGCAAUCAAUUAAGACAUGAGCUAAACUACUAUUUACAAAAGGGCGACUGGAGUUAUGAUUUUAAUACUGGAAGUCUCAUUCACAAUUAUCAGAAAAAAUCAAGUAAAAGUAGCGAUGACAGUGGUUUCGUUAUGACUUUAGAUCGAAGUAGUGAUGGCACUUCAAAGUCAACAUACUCAAAAACACCACCAUCAACCCCACACUCGACUAUGCCGUCAGUCAGACAGAAAAGAAGUCGUUCGAAAGAAUCACGACUGAAUCAUGCCGGUAAAGAAAAUGCAAAAAUAAAUUCUAGUCGGGACUCAUUGAGUAGUCAUCAUUCAAUAAGAUCAAGAGAUAGUAAGUCAGAUCGGCAUACAUCUAAGUCAGAACGUAGCACUCCAAAAUCUGAUAGAGCUACUCCUAAAUCUGGAAAAGCUACACCUAAAUCUGGUGGCGUGACACCCCGAUCUGGUCGAGCUACACCUAAAUCUGGAAGAGCAACACCAAAAUCAGGACUCACUACUCCUAAAAGCGGACGGUCUAGUGGAAGACCUGAAAAACGAACAAAACAUAAAGCCUCUGAAAAAAUGACUCAGCUUAUGUCAGCUGCCGCUUCUUCAUCGAGUGAUGAGAGCAUACCUUUACAACUUCGACGCUUAGAAUCUUCAGCUAGCGUUCCAUAUAGUCUUGAUCAUGGUUCUGAAUUACGUCAUUGUAGAAGUGCCGCGUCCGUUUUAGAUGAACCUAAUUUAAAUAAUACAUUUGGAUCUGAGUCACUACCCAACUUGGCACCUCCUCCACCACCGGCCUUCGAAUCACCUCCUUUAGAUAUAGGUGAUAAAGAUUUCAAAAUUAUGCCACCAGACAGCUUUUUAAAUAAAGAGGACAGAAGAAGUAGAAGCUCUACGUCAAGUUUAAGUGAACAAAGUGGAUGGGUAUCUAGUGGACGUAGUUCGGGUCCAUCAUCUCCAGAUAAUGCCAGUAGCGUGAAUCAAACUUUUGCACCACCUAGAAAUACAGUAGUUACUCAAGAAGCAAGCAAAACUUACGAACCGCCAAGUGAACCGCGCAAAAGGGAUAGUGAAAAAUUAAGAGACUUUAAAAGAAGUAUCCUCAAUGGAGAACAAUUAAGAGAGAGGCUAAUGAAAUUAGCAGUUAAAGCUGACGAAAGUAAUGACGAAGAAAAAAUAGAGUGUUGUGAUAAAGACGUUUGUGAAGAAUGCACAAUCUGUAGUGACUCCAUAUGCACUGAUAGCCAGUGUGAAUAUAAUAAAGUUAUGCACAGCAACGGUAUUGAUGCAGGGUGUAAUUCUGAUACUUGUGUGGCAACUUGUCUACAAUGUUCCGAUGCUAAUAAUAAAAUUAAUCAAAGACAUAACUCGUUUAGUGCUAUACAAGGUAAAUCAUAUGCUUCCACAUCUAAAACGCCCAGUGAGGGCACUGUGAAAAAGUCUCAAACUAUUAGUGAUAAUUUACAUCCAUAUAUUAGAAAAGAAGUAUCUACUAAAGCUCAAUUAGUUCCGAUAAAAUCAAAUACCUUAGAUAAAACAAAAUUGAGAGAUAAAAUCGAAUAUACAGAAAAGCUUAUAGCUGCUGAAAUACGAAGCUUAACCGUUGGGAGACCGUGUAAAUCCCAUAAAGGUGGACCAAUUGCUGCUGUACAACAAUAUCAAGGUAAAGCUAAAUCUGAAGUGGAUUUAAGUCACUUUGUUGGGGAUAAUGAUUACGAACAUUUACCACCUCCACAACAAUUUAGAGAUGCGCCUCCACCACCUGAUCAAUUUAAGGAUCCUCCCUCGAAAUCACCAAAACUGAGCCGACAAAGCAGUAAAUCAUCUACGCCUUCUAAAACGCGAAAAGCUGAGCAACCAACGAGUUUGCAAUUGGAUAAUCCCCUGUAUCACGUUUGUGAGGGUAUACUGGAGAGGCGGAAGCUACGGCCACAAAAGUCUUCCAGCGCCUCGGCUUCAUCUGCUACAAGCACACUCAAUAAAAGCAGAAGUACAGGAGAGCUAGCAUCGAGAAAUGAAAAUGAACGAGAAAGUAAUCUAGUCAGUAUAUUUGGACUUGCAGAAUCAGAAAGACUGUUUGUAAAAUGUAGAGACGAAUUUAGACAAAGCGUGAAGUACCCUGGCGCGAUAUACUCUGACUUCCCGCCUGUUGAAAAUUCGUUACCAUACUUUCAUAUUAGCGAUGAAUAUAGAAUGUUUAACCCAGAAGGUCUACAUCUAAUAAUAUGUGUCCAUGGCUUGGACGGAAAUGCUGCCGAUCUUCGCUUAGUUAAAACAUAUCUUGAACUAGGCUUGCCUGGCGCUCGGCUAGACUUUCUUAUGUCCGAAAGGAAUCAAGGAGAUACAUUCUCAGAUUUCGAUACAAUGACAGACAGGCUAGUCCAAGAAAUUUUAACCCACAUACAAAAUUCAAGCGAGCCAGCUAGGAUAAGUUUUGUGGGACAUUCCUUAGGCACUAUUAUUAUACGGUCUGCUCUGGCCAGACCUCAAAUGAAGCCGUUUUUGGGAAAACUACAUACAUUCCUGUCUCUCAGUGGACCUCAUUUAGGAACGUUGUACAAUUCUAGUGGUCUUGUGAAUGCGGGAAUGUGGUUCAUGCAAAAAUGGAAGAAGUCUGGUUCUCUUCUCCAACUCUCUCUUCGUGAUGCAUCAGAUCCACGACGAUCAUUUCUAUAUAGAUUGAGCGAGAGAAGCCAACUGCAUCAGUUCAAACACAUCCUCCUUUGUGGAUCUGGUCAAGAUCGAUACGUUCCUUUGCACUCAGCUAGACUCGAAUUAUGUAAAGCAGCUGCCAAAGACACUUCGCUUCUUGGACAGGCGUAUAGAGAAAUGGUGCACAACAUGGUAUCGCCGCUAGCAGCGCGAGCUUCCUCCGUAUCAGUAGUCCGCUACGACGUCCAACACGCGCUGCCGCACACCGCCAGCGCGCUUGUGGGCAGAGCCGCUCACAUCGCCGCAUUGGACUCUGACCUCUUCAUCGAAAAGUUCCUUCUAGUAUCGGCUCUAAAGUAUUUCAGAUAAACACCGUUACAAUCAGUGCAUAUGCACCGGCGCAUAAAAUACCAUAUAAAACAAACCAUUAAAACAAAAAAAAAACCACACGUGGAUAACUUGGUCGGAGAAAUCAAUUUUCUGGAUUACAAUGUAAAGUUAUGUCCACAAAUGUUGCCAGAACAUAUAAUUGAUAUCAUGCUAAAUGAUUUUCAAUUUAAAUAAAACUAUAUAGUCUAACCUUCCAAAAUUUGUUCAUCUGCCGUAAAUGGAUAAAUAAUGUAGACCGCCCGCGCCGGUGUCACAAAUUUUUCAUUACUAUAUUCGCUUGCAUUUAUGGAAUUUUAUUAGCUAAGUAUAAAUUAUUGUUUCAUUCAAAGUUCUAGAACUCAUCGGAUAACCUACAUCGCGUACAAUAUACUUCGUUCCUAGUUUUAUAUUAGUAGACUUAUGGUUGUUGGGAGAGACGGUGCACGUACUUUAUUACUAUUUUGUAUUUCUUGAUGGACACUAAGUUGUAACGUUUUGUACACUUAUACAAAUUCAUGAUUUCACAGCGAAUAUUGUCUCGCAUUUAUGGCAUUUAUUUUCAGGGUACUCAAACACGUUCAAACUUGUAAAUUAUUCUAUCGCACUAAAUUUCUCAUCAUUAAUAUUAAUUCACAAUACUUAUAUCUAGAUGUAAACAGCAAUGAUUAUUAAUUUGUACCUAUUAAAAUAUUCAAAUAAACUCGUUCUAAUUAUCUACACAAAAAUAAAACUUAUAAUCUACUUAUUUUAAUCUUCAGGGAACUGUAGCAGCAUAAAAGUUUCAUUGAAAAUUUUAAUUACGAUAACUAUAAGAUGGAUCUUUACACCAAAUAAAUUAAGACUAUGUUAUAGCAAAUGUAGAUACUGUAUUGUAGAUGUUAGAUAUCUAGGAUAUUAUAUGAAUUGAUUUUAUUUAAUGAUUGUUGUGCGAGCGGUGUCUUAGUCUGAGUGUCUUAUGUCGUUAAUCUGAAUACAAAUUUAUAUCUAUUAAUUUUAACAACAACUCUUCGAAUAUUUUAACGAUGUCAAACAAUCGAAAUUUAUAUUUGACAAAAAACUUGCGUGAUAAAACAUUGGUUUGUCCUUACUAGUUUGUUUCUUUUCGGUUGUCUAUGAUAUCACCAUUUUAUUAAAAACUUUUUUUUAUGUAUCUGUUUAUUGCACACAGAAUUUGUACAUUUUUACACGAUAUAUCAAAAUAAUUAUUUUUUACACUUACAUUUUUCUUUUAUAACUAUGAAAGAAGAAAAAAAAUGUUACAGGCCUACUGCCAGUGGGUCACAGCCUUACUCAAUACCGCAGUUAGAAUUAUAAAUGUAAAUUUUAUCGAAUGUUAGACUGAUCUUUAAAAUUAUACGAUUAUUAAGAUAUCGAUAAGUUUGUUAAAUUUUUUUUUCAUUUGUAGUACUUAUUAUUUGAUAAAAUAAUUAUUGCUGAUAUCUUGGUCUGUCCAUGUCUCUCUAUUAAUCAGUAGAUUAAAAUUUUAUACAGGGGCUUAAAAUUUACAAUUAUUUUUAACUUUCAAGUAUGUUGAAUGAUGCCAGGCAACAUCAUAUUCGAUAUAUGUAUAUUAUUCUUAAAAUACUCGGAAAAUGAAAGUACUUUGACUUAUAAUUAUAUAAUUAAAUAUCCACACUUAUUCAGUAUUAUUUACCUCUACUUAUUGUGAAUGUGAUGUUGUCUGCUUGAUUUAAUGAGUGAUUCAAAUUGCUCAUAAGCAUGCUUUAUGAGAAAACAUUAUUAUAUGUACUUAGUAGAUAUGUAUCAAGAUAAAAUUUAAAGAGUUUUGUAAAUAGACUAAUUAAUUUUUGUUUGUAAAUUAUUCGUAUGUAAAAUACAUUUGGCAAUGUGUCGAUGUUAUAUACUUAUGAUAAAAUAAAUAAAUGAAUAAUGCCUG